GAAGCUCUAUGGUGGCGGCGGUGGUUGGGGGAACUGCAGUGUGGGGGCGGCCUUUGGGGCGUCGCGGGCAUGGGAGGGGCAGAGGAUAUGGGGGGGGUACGAGGGGAUUGAGUGUGCAAUGGGAACGGAGAUGGAUGGGGAUGAAGAUGGGAGUGGGAGUGCAGAGAAGGGGGCUGUGGAGCACUGUGUGACAAAUGGGCUCUUGCGGGCAUCCUCACCUGAGCUGAGUGUGCCAUGGGGUGCAGGUGGGUGUCAUGGUGUGAGAGUGGAGAGAGCCCUGAGCCUACUGCACCUGUGGGGCCACAGCCGCCCCCCAUGGCGCUGCGGGACACCCCCUCGGCCUGCCCAGCCCUGUGGCGGUGGCUGCGCUGCCCUCCAGCCGAGCUGCGCCUGGACCUGGUGCUGGCAUCGGGGCAAGCCUUCCGGUGGCGGGAGAGCAGCCCUGGCACGUGGACAGGAGUGCUGGGUGACCGUGUAUGGACGCUGCGCCAGGAGCGGGACCGCCUCUGGUACACGGUGUACGGCGAGGAGACGCCUGGCCCUGAAACUGACCGGAUCCUGCGGGACUACUUCCAGCUGGACGUGGGGCUGGCGGCCCUGUACCGCACCUGGGGGGCGGCUGACCCCCUCUUCUGCAAGGCAGCCGCCGCCUUCCCAGGUGGGACAGCCCCAUGGGGUGACAACGGCACCCACCCACUGGGCCCCACUGACCCAUGGUGCUGCAGGGGUGCGCGUGCUGCGGCAGGACCCUGUGGAGUGCCUGCUGUCCUUCAUCUGCACCUCCAACAACCACGUGGCCCGGAUCACCACCAUGAUCGAGCGCCUGUGCCAGGCCUUUGGCCAACAGCUCUGCUUGCUGGACGAGCGGCCCUUCCACGCCUUCCCUUCCCUGGGGGCACUGGCAGGCGCUGACGCAGAGGCCAAGCUGCGGGCGCUGGGCUUUGGCUAUCGGGCCCGCUUCGUCAGCGGCACGGCACGUGCCAUCACCGGGGGAAUGGGUGCCGAGGGGCUGUGCCGGCUGCGGGCCGUGCCCUACGCUGAGGCCAGGAGGGUGCUGUGUGCCCUGCCGGGAGUGGGGGCCAAGGUGGCCGACUGCGUGUGCCUGAUGGCCCUGGACAAGGCGGAGGCGGUGCCGGUGGACACCCAUGUGUGGCACAUUGCCCGGCAGCGCUACGGGGCAGCACUGGGCGCCCGUUCCCUGACCGCCCGUGUGCACCAGGAGAUCGGUGACUUCUUCCGCAAACUGUGGGGUCCCUACGCGGGCUGGGCACAAGCGGUCCUCUUCUGUGCUGACCUCCGCAAGGGCCGAGAUGGUGGGAGCCGGGCCAGGAGGGGCCGCAGCCAGGCAAGCCGUGGGGCCGGGUGCUCCUAGAGAGGGGGCACAGGAGGGGCUGGGAGCAGAGUUUGUCCGUCUCCUGCCCACUGUGUGCUGGCCCCUGGGGGGCAAGCCAAGCCAGGCAGCGUUUGUCUCUUUCCUUUAUUACAAGGAAUAAAAUAGAAAUGUCCA